AGGAAGGAGGAAGGCCAGAGUGGAAGGCGCCCUCGCACAGCAGUUGGCUGACAGCGCUUCCCCGCAAUGGCCGCGCACUGUCGGGGCACAGAGCUCGAUCUUAGCUGGAUCUCCAAAGUUCAGGUGAAUCACGCGGCCGUUCUGAGGCGGGCUCAGCAGAUCCAGGCCCGCCGAAGCGUGAAGAAGGAAUGGCAGGCUGCGUGGCUCCUGAAAGCUGUUACUUUCAUAGACCUUACCACACUUUCCGGGGAUGACACGUUUUCCAACGUUCAACGGCUCUGCUACAAAGCCAAAUAUCCGAUCCGGGCGGACCUCUUAAAAGCUUUAAAUAUGCACGACCAAGGCAUCACCACGGCUGCCGUCUGUGUUUACCCUGCCCGCGUGUGUGAUGCUGUGAAGGCGCUGAAGGCUGCAGGCUGCAGUAUCCCCGUGGCAUCAGUGGCCACUGGCUUUCCAGCUGGACAGACUCAUUUAAAGACACGAUUGGAAGAGGUCAGAUUGGCCGUGGAGGACGGAGCUACUGAAAUCGACGUGGUCAUUAACAGGACCUUGGUGCUGACUGGCCAGUGGAAAGCCCUCUACGAUGAGAUCAGUGAGUUUCGAAAGGCCUGUGGUGAGGUUCAUCUCAAAACCAUCCUAGCUACCGGAGAACUCGGCUCCCUCACCAACGUCUACAAAGCCAGUCUGGUAGCAAUGAUGGCAGGAUCAGACUUUAUUAAGACCUCUACUGGAAAAGAGACAGUGAAUGCCACCUUCCCGGUAGCCAUCGUGAUGCUGCGGGCCAUUAGAGAUUUCUUCUGGAAAACUGGAAACAAGGUCGGCUUUAAGCCUGCAGGAGGCAUCCGCACCGCAAAGGAGUCCCUUGCGUGGCUCUCUCUGGUGAAGGAGGAACUGGGGGACAAGUGGCUGACGCCUGAGCUCUUCCGCAUUGGGGCCAGCUCUCUGCUUUCGGACAUCGAGAGGCAGAUUUACCAUCACGUGACCGGACGAUACGCAGCUUAUCAUGAUCUCCCGAUGUCUUAGGUCAGCAGCCGGCCCAGAAAAGCAACUUGCAACAAUUUUUUAAAAAAUAUUUUUGCAUAAUUGCUAAGGUUUAAGAAUAGGUAACUGACUUUUUCCUCAUUAAAAAUCUCCACUGAAAUUAACUCGAAAGAAUAAAGGAAACAAACCAACUGAAUCUGUAAUGUGGAACUCAGAUCAGGUGAGGCUGAACUGGUCUUAAUUGCCAGGAGAUGUACAUUUAUUAAGUGAAGAUUUUCUCUGAAAAGCUUAGAAUAAAGUGGUUCUAAUGGCCUGUACUGCAGCAAAUUCUGAGGGGGAAAAUGAAAUUUAACUGCCUGGGACGUGAGAUUCUAGGGCAGGCAAGAGGGCUUGGCAGAGAUGGGAGCUUGCUGCCAAACCUGACGCCCCCAGCUUAGUUCUCAGUACCUGCACAGCUGACGGGAGAGCCGACUCCGACGUCCAUCCUCUGACAUCCACACAUGCGUGCCCCCACCUCUGAUACACACAAACAAACAAUUGAGUAAUAUAUAGUAAAAAUUAAAGCGUGUGCUACGGCAAAAGGACACUGAGCCUCCCUGUGCUGAUCUUGAGUGCGGAACCUGCCGUGGCUGUUUACCUGACUUGCUGUGCGGAACAGACCACGUUCAUGAAUUGUUUUGCUACUAGAUUUUGAGGUUUUUACGAGAAAAUGUUAAUAUCACCGAGUCUUUAAAUACAGAAGUCUCUGUGUUUA